AACCCUUAAUUAUGUCUCUGUCUCUCCUCAGGCUGGUGGAUCUGUUUGUGGGCGCCCCUCUGUUCAUGGAGCGUGGUAGUGAUGGGAAGCUGAGGGAGGUGGGCCAGGUGUCUGUGUUCCUGGCGAAGGGAGGCUUCUCCUUCCACACACCCAUCACACUGAGUGGGACAGAGAUCUACUCACGCUUCGGCAGUUCUAUCGCCACACUGGGGGACCUGGAUAUGGACGGCUUCAACGACAUUGCCGUAGCUGCACCCUACGGCGGGCCGAAGCACCGCGGCCUAGUGUACAUCCACAAUGGGAGGGCUGCAGGGCUGACCCAGUGCCUUCUCAGGUCCUAGAGGGGAGGUGGGCCUCCUCUUACAUGCCCCCCAGCUUGGAUACUCCCUGCACGGAGCCACCGAUAUUGACCAGAAUGGAUA